CACACUCACACACACAUUCAAUCCACUCAGCACUUACCUAAAUCUCACAUACACGCAUGCAUCAUGUACUUGCGUUUAGUCUACACGUGUGUGUGUCUGUGUGUGUGUGUGUGUAUCACAUCCAGCCUGCGAGCGAGCCGGAGAGAUGAGAGACAGAAGAGCCGGACUGUGGCAGCAACAGCUGGAUUUAGUGCACCUGUACAUCCAGUGCGUAGUGCUCAGUGUCUGGUGAACGGGAUUCUCCUCUUUGAGGGAGCUGUUUGGUCUCCAGAUGCAUGUAACAUGUGUCAGUGCAGAAAGGGUGCGGUUCAGUGCUAUGGAGUGUCCUGCAUGAAUCCAGCUUUACCUGCCUCGAGGCAACAGGGUGGACACCAGAAACCAGGCAACCGUGGAGUGAAGCUGGAGAAAACAAGCAGACAGAAGAAAGUCUCUGCACAGACCGGAAAGAGGAAAGCGUCUCAGGAGAAGGUGACCGUAGAGGUCAAGCUGAAGGCAGUUCUGAGACCAGUUAAAGCCGUGAACCCUCCACCUGCACAGAAGAAGAAUGCUCCAUCAUCACCAUCACCACUACCGAAGAUGAAGCAGCAGGCACCUGAGGUAGGACUUGGGCAUUUCCCGGUGGCCACGCCCCCUGACACCUUCCCAGGUCUGUUUGACUACGAUGACCACGAUGAUGACGACUAUCUGGAAGACGAUAGUGAUGCUGACGAGGACGACGAUGACGUCCUGGUCCUACAGAACGUUCGCACCAGAGGUUCAUCAGUCAGCAGAACAUCUGUGUCUCUUCCCAGGAAGCAGGACGUAUCUAUACAGCAAAGGCCCCUCCCUCCUCCCACACGGCAGCCAAGAGUCUUAGCACCUAGUGGUAGUGUGAGAGCUCGAGGGGGUGUGAUUAGAGGCAGAGUGGGUGGAGCCAGUGUUGUGGGUCGUCCUGUUAUCCGUCCCUCCACUCACAUGGUGUCGCUCCCGGCAGGGUGUCUGCUGUCUGAUGCCCUGAUCGCAUGCGGCAGCACCGGAUUAACCAGCAUGCCGCUCAUCAAAGACGCCGGCAUCCAGACACUUUACCUGGCAGAUAAUAAGAUCAGUAAGAUCCCAGUGCGAGCGCUGCAUGGCCUGCCCAAUCUGCAGUGGCUCGACCUGAGCAAGAACAAACUGGACGACACCUCACUGGGGCUGGACGUGUUUCGGAAUCUGACCAAACUGCGGCGUCUGAAUCUGGAUGGGAACAAUCUGACCAAAAUCCCCCCACUGCCACCAUCACUGCUGGAACUGAAGAUCAACGACAACAAACUGAGUGGACUCACACCUCACAACUUUAGAGGUUUGUCCCAGCUGCUGACUCUGGAGAUGGAGGACAAUCAUUUCCAUGAUGGAAACGUGUCCCCACUGACCUUCAGGCCCCUGAAGAAACUCAUUUAUCUCAGACUGGAUGAUAACGACUUCAGAGCCAUUCCCUCCGGCCUGCCUUCCUCACUAAAGGAGCUGCAUCUGUCAGAUAACCGGAUUGAAGUGGUUCACGCUGGACUCCUCAAUAAGACAGUGAACCUGCGAGUCCUAAAUCUGAGCCAUAAUAAGAUCCGUGAGGAUCGAAUCGCCCCGAGAGCCUGGAUGCACCUACGUAAGUUGGAGACGUUGGAUCUAUCCCAUAAUAAACUGGUCCACGUCCCGUCCUUCCUGCCGGUUGGACUUGUCCAGCUCUCUCUGCACCACAACCAGAUCGAGAGAAUCCCAGGAUACGUGUUCGCUCACAUGCAGCCCGGCCUCGUCUCAAUCCACCUCUCAUACAACCGCCUGAGGGAGGACGGCAUCAACCAAGUGUCCUUCCUCGGCCUUCGACACUCCCUGAAUGAGCUGCUGCUGGACCACAACCAGCUCCGAGAGAUUCCACGAGGAAUAAUCCAACUCCGCGCCCUCCAGGUCCUCCGCCUCAACCACAACUACAUCAGCUCAGUACCUGUGAAUGCUCUGUGUGACAUCAGCGCCCGUGACGACUCCCCUCUGCUCUCCGUUCACCUGCAGAACAACCUGAUUAAUCGGCGUUUAGUCCCGCCCACUGCACUCACCUGUAUUAAAGAAUACAGCAGUGUGAUCCUGCAUCCUCAGAGACACGAACAGGUCUACGAGUGAACACACACACACACACACACACACACACACACACACACACGGUUUUAAUCCAACAUAUAGAAAACUGAGAAACGGUAACCACAGGACCUUGUGGG